CGUGUAGCCAAAAACUAGGCCAGUAGGUAUAAAAAUAGAAAAACCUUGUGACCUCUCUAGAGGCCAUAUUUUUCAUGAGAUCUUCAUGAAAAUUAGUGAGAAUGUUCACCUUGAUGAUAUCUAGGUAAAAUUCAAAACAGGGUCACGUACCUUUGAAAACUAGGUCAAUAGGUCAAAUAAUAGAAGAACCUUGUGACCUCUCUAGAGACCAUAUUUUUCAGUGGAUCUUCAUGAAAAUUGGUCAGAGUUUUUAUCUUGAUAAUAUCUAGGUCAAGUUCAAAACUGGGUCACAUGAGCUCAAAAACUAGGUCACUAUGUCAAAUAAUAGAAAAAAACGACGUCAUACUCAAAACUGGGUCAUGUGGGAAGAGGUGAGCGAUUCAGGACCAUCAUGGUCCUCUUGUUUCCUUUUUUCAUUUUGUCUUUAUGUCCGUUUCAGUUACAUCCUCGAAAUUGCAGAGGUGGAUUCCAUAAGAGGCUUAUAGAAGAACCCGUACAUGCAGGAAUAAACGAUCUUUAUGAACUUAAACUGUACAAACGCAAGUAUAAAACUGACGACAAGAAUCAGGGACCAGAACCAUCGUAUAGACUAGACCAUGAUCAUGUCUUUGAUGAGAUUGGAGGUAUAUCAGAUAAACAUCGCGAAAUUGACUCUACAAAAUUAGAAGAUAAUGUAUACGAUUUUUUCCCGUCUUUGAGCUCGCAGUAUUCGAAGGAUGAUAUAAACAAAAUUCGACUUUCUGGAACAGAUUUGGAAGCACUUGAAGACAUGAAUGAAGCCAACCGUCUAUUAAACGACUUGAGUAAAGGACUGGGACAAGUUGCUGAACCACCUCCAAUACAGGCAGAAUCUCAUAUGAAAGCAGAAGUAGAGGAGUAUCCUGCCUAUGAACUUUGGGGUGACUAUGACGCACAGUAUGCUGACAAUGAUCAUUCUAGAGAAGAUGUUCAUGCAUUUCCUUCUUCACAAAGUGUCGAUUUAUAUGCUUUUAGGAGACGGAUGUAACGCAAACAAAGCAGCCUGAUUUCUAAAUAAUAUUCAUGACAUAUAAAGUAAUGACAAGAGAAAAAAAGAUAGAGAAAACUUAUAUAUCUGCGACUAUUCCUUUCUACUGAUGAAUGAAUUCACCUGAGUAAAUAUCAAUUUUGGCAACAGAAUUAAAAUAUGAAGUGGUCACAUUUAUCAUUUGUUGAAAUUCAAGGAGCGUUCACUGCGGUCUUGUCCUUUCAAGAAGAAGAUCUAAGAAUUUUAGGAUACCGUGGUGUAUUUGACAAUAAAUAAAUUUCAUAUAGCGGAUUAGUCGCAUGAAAUAAUUAUAUACUAAGCGGUGACAACUAAUUAAAAACCAAAGUACAUGAUAACAAUUCUGACGAUGUUGAGUAAAAAAGUUUUUAUUUCAAGCACUGCACUGUAUUAACAUUAUGUUAUAUUUUAUGCUUUUUAAUGACGAUGAAAAUACCUUUUUUUCUCUCUCCUCUGGUUCGGAACUCACUUGGAUGUGAAAGAAUAAGAACUAUAAAUAAUCGGAUAUUCUUUGCAAAAUAAAGAUAUACGCGUCACUGUAAUAAAAUGUAAAAGAAAUCCGGAAGCUGACAUUUUGUCAACAUGAAUAUAGUGACGCUACGACUCUGUGACGUCAUGACGCAAUGCACCUCACGUCGUGCGGGUAAAAUAAGUGUUAUCCGCCUAAAAUCAUUGAAAAUCAUAAAAUAAACAGAAAAUUUGUUUGUUUUACAUGUGAGAUUGUAACAUAUUUCACUCAUGAACACCAUAGUUUACGUUUUCACUCGUGGCUGUGACAUUCCUGAAAAUAUUGCUUUUGAUAUUCAAUAGAUGAAAUUUAUUUCAAUCUUUCAUUGAAACAAACAAAUGUCCUCUAUCUAUUUAGGGAUACGUCUCAUUGUAUCUCCAAAACUUGUUUGACGCUAAAAAGUUUUGACGCUAUGAUAUAAAUAAUAUGAAAUAAGGCACUGCCUAAAUUGAGAAUCGAUCUGCCUGCAACUCGUAUGAAUCAAAAUUGAAAAUGCAUAUUUUAACUCAUUUCCUUCUUAAAAAAUGUGUAACAUAUUUAUGAAAGAUACUAUUUAUACUACACGCUAAUUUUCAACGCUUUGAUUAGAGAUGUGUGUCUUGGUCAGUAGAUGAACUUUGACUGUAUAACUCAACACGCUUGUUUUAAAACACAGGUCUGUCUGAAUCUGGUUUUGUUACCACGUAAUGUUUUUUUUUUAACUAUCAACUACUGCAUCAUGGGAAAUAAUGAAUACUUCAAAUGACCAUAAUACUUUAAAGCUUUAAAUUAAGAGGGUAAAUUCGAAGGCAUUUAACGUGUUUCGAUUAAAAUUACAUGGCAUUGCCUGCCUCCAACGGAACAUCACUAAUGAAUGAUCUGGGCCAUUCGCGUUUUUUAACAAAUCAAUGAAAUAAAUAUGUUAAAAUCCAUAUUUACGCUACAUGAAAAUUUGAAAAUGUCUUUGCUAGAAAUCUUUUCUGACACUAAUAUUUAAAAAGAUUGUCUAUUGUCUAUUAUAUGGUUGCAGACGUGUUUUGAAAUAAAACUGUGUGCUGUA